CCGGUGACUUCCUUCUCCACUGUCUGAGGUCUGUCCGCUCUGUUCUGAAAUUCAUCCGCUUACUCCCUCUACUCACCCUGUCCCGUUUGGCAUUUGAGUUGUGCUGUGGCCAGAGGGACAGAAGCACACAGAGCUUGUUAUGCUCUGAAAGGCAUUUCGGAGAUCCUCUCUGUUCGUAGAUGAGUCGUUCCUGAACCACAGGGGAAAGUUCUUAAUGUGGCCAAGACAUUAAAUUUUGAUGUGCUUCGGUUAGCCUGUUAAAUAAAGCAUUGGACUCAUAAAGCCCGUGCUUUGUUUUAUAUUAAGGUUAACUCCCAGCUCUGGGGAAUGUGCUGCUUUUCUCCAUUUUAGAAGAAUUUUACUAAAGAUUCUGGAUUUUGGGGUAAGCAACAUGUAACGUUUUUUGGGUUUUCAGUGAUGGAGACAUAUGUGAUCUUUCUUACAUCUAUGGUGCUCUCGUAUCCAGAGCUAGGUGGGAAACGCCUCAGUCUGUCCCGCUAUAAGCAGUGGGCCCUGCAGGGAAUGCUGCUCUACUUCGAAAGGACCUUAUAUUAUUUUCAGCAUUCACGAGCUGAAGGACAAUCUAGUUGAGAGCUUGUUAAUUAAGUAAAUAAUUAUUCUAUGCAAAUCAAUGUUAAGUAGUUCUGAGCCUUCAAAGACAAGCAAUGUAAAAGCAUGCCCAUGUUUGUUUUUUUUAAAGAUGAGAGGUAGAAAAUGACCUUUUGUGUGGUCAGGGGAAACUGAGUCACCACAGAGCAGUUGGCUUAGGGUCCUUGUAGGAGUCGUGAUUUUUCUAUUUACUUUAGAGCCUCCCAUGGGAGAGAAGCUGUCAAGGUUUGUCCUAGCGUUGACCUUCCACAGAAAUCGCAUCCCUUCAUUUCAGUCUCGUGAUUGCUUUGAGAUUCUCUGCUGACUCUUGAUCUCCCUAGAGUCUCUGGUCCUAGAGGUCCAACCCAGUUCACCUAUCACUUUCUCUAAUCCUUUCCCAUGUGCCCCCCAAAGUAGAAAAGAAAACUGGAAUAAAAAGCAGAAAGAAAAGAGGGCAAAGGCAAGUCACCAAGAACAACUUUCUCUACACUGUUUAAUUGAGCACUUACUCCCCCACCCCCAAGACUGUGCAGUAACCUAGAUAUCAAAGCAGAAACACCUGCCUCUUGCUCCUUGUGGAAAACCUUGCUACUUUGGUGAUCCUUCUCCAGCUCAGCUGAGCUUUGCAGUGGCUAUUAGCCACCUACCUACCUUCCUACCCCUACCUACCUUUCUUUCUUCGCACUUAGUUUUUAAAAUAUUAUGGAUUAUAAAAUAGAUUCAGAUAUAUAACGUCUCUAUGACUAUGUUAUCUAAAGCCAUCUGAUUCAGGGCAUAUCAGUUCAGGAAGCUAUUGUGUAAGUUUCGGGAAUGCUCUCUGGCAGUAUACCUGAUUCCUUUACCGGGCAUCCAUACCUGUUUGCCAGCUCAGAAGGAGGCUCCUAGGUCACGGAGGCAGUGGAGCCCCCGGGGAAACAAAGCCACUUCUUCGCUCCCUCUGUGCCCAGUCCACUUGUUUACAAAUUACUCCUUCUAUUACAUGAGAAAUUAUUAGAAUAUCAAGCAGCAUUCCUGUGGCGUUUUGUAGCUACUAAAGAACCUGACACAUAGAAAAUCUCUCCCAGCUUUAGACCAGCUCCCCUACUGUGAUUAUAAACUACUCGGCAAGUAUGAGCUGAGAGUGUAUCAUCAUCUUGACCCCAAAUAACCACUUUAUUAUGAAUUCAGUAAUUACUUUGCUUGUAUCUAAAUCAAAACGGGCUUAUCUGGUAAUGAAAUUUCAGCUACCAAACCCAAAGUGGGACAAAUAUCGGAGAAUUAAUUAAUAUUAAUUAUAGUGGCAGACAGAGACGUGUGGCGAGUGAUCUUAGGGAGACACUCAGGAAGAUUGGAUUGCGUAGAGAACCCAUCUCUACCUUGGAGCGGGUGGCAUCUGUGUCCCGAGGAAUGUCUUCUGGGGACUGGGAGUACAUAUGAAUAAUUUAUAGAUGCUUGCUUGAGCGUUAACAGUGGAACAUGCCAUAUUUAUAAUGCUUUAAAAAUCAGCCUAAUACUGAUUACGUUUUUAUCCGUUAACACUUGCCCAUAUGCAACCUCCCUUCCUUCUGUAAUCCAUUAGACCUACCUAGAUUUGAUUAUUUAUAGCCUUCAAGUACAGGAAGUUGCUCUCAAAGGAUGACUUGGUUCUAAAAGUCGAUAAACACUUCUUUGGAAAGUUACAAUACUAAGGGCCAUCAAGGGCAAUGCUUUGAAUCCAGCUGGUGUGUAUAAGUGUUUGCUAAAAAUAUGUUUUCUCCACAGGAGAAAUAUAAACAUGACUUGUGUUCCUCAGCCAGGGCUUCGAGUCUAAACACUGAAUAGUUAGCAUACUUCUCAGAAGAAAAAAGACAGUGCUUUUGGAGUGCUGGUGCUUGAGCAGAAAUGAAGCACCAUUUUACCGUUGCUCUAAUUUCCUUCGAAAGAGUCAGCUCGGCUGCUCUCUGAUUUGUUACUGUGUGUUUGUUGGGUGUUUUUUUGUUUUUUGUUUUUUUUUUUUGGUUCUUUUUUUCGGAGCUGGGGACCGAACCCAGGGCCUUGCGCUUCCUAAGCAAGCGCUCUACCACUGAGCUAAAUCCCCAACCCUUUUUUUAAAUUUUUUUUUUUAAGAUUUUUUAUUUAUUUGUAAGUACAUUGUAGCUGUCUUCAGACCAGAAGAGGGCAUCAGAUCUCACUACAGAUGGUUGUGAGCCACCAUGUGGUUGCUGGGAUUUGAACUCAGGACCUCUGGAAGAGCAGUCAUUGCUCUUAACCACUGAGCCAUCUCUCCAGCCCCAUGUUGGGUGUUUUAAAUGGGGAGAAUGGUGGUGGGAAUCACACUGGUGGAGUCUACUUCAUGCUCAAUAAUGGACCCAGGCUUUAGUGUUCUCAGAAAGCAAGCUUAGCUACAUGUGUUCUAACACAGAGAGAGACCAGGACCUGUGUGCUCUGCCUGGCCAAAGCAUGUAUCCUCAUUGGAGAGCAAUAAUUACACCUAUGUCCAUUUCCUUAUAAGGCACUCUAAACCCAGCAGCCUGAUGUCUAACCUAUAUAGGAACUGCUCUGGUUAACGGCAGGUGACAUGGACCUUUUGUACCACAGUUUCCUUAGUACCAACUCAGAAGGCUAGGGGAUGUCAGUUGUUGGUCCAGGAGCCCCUGCCGUAUAAGACAUUUGGCUUAUGUCUCUGCUUCUCUUUUCUUCACCAGGAAACUAAAGAUUCCUUACCAGCCUGUUUUCAGUCAGAGGGGCCUUCAGGUUAAACUAGUCUCGGCUCCAUGGUUCUCCACCAGUUUCAGGUUGUAGGCUGUUCCCAGUGCAAACGGGUAUCAUCUAUGCCAGGGGACAAUCAGAGUCUGUGCUGAGCACCUCCCUGUGAAAACGAUUUCAUUCCCAUGCUUUAGAACUGCCCAUGUUACAUUGGCUGAAGCAAGUCACGUGGCAAGUCCAGUAUCACCAGAGAAGGAAGUGCCCACUCAUAUGUGAAGGGAAAAGGAACAUAUGGAGAAGUCACCCUCCCAGAGGAUCCAUCUUGUAAGGACACCAGGGUGGGCUAUAGUAAAUGUGUUGGAAGGUGACGGUUGGGACAGACAAAAGAGAGGUAGAUUUUUCUUUAAGCUGGCACAGUCCUCUCCCUGUGCCAUUCUAUCUUGUGAUGUUCACGCUAUCUUAACAAGCCCUGGGAGACUGCAUAAAACGAGUAAAGGAGCUGGGACCAUAGCCAUGAUCUCUGUGUGAAGCAGUUUGAGUCACAUUAGCAGUGGGGAUGCUGCCAGGUCCUUAAAGCAGCAGUGGCAUGGAUAGCAGUUGGGGGGAGGAUGACUUAAUUUGUUACCAACCUCCUCUCUGCCAUAGGCAGUCGCUGUCCAUGGUCCUUCCUGUACUUUCUGGUUUAUAUGGAAUGCUUAGGUCUGGCCUCAAGAAUAUCUGAAAAUGAAAAAUAAUUUAAUUCCUACCCAAAAGGGGAAAACUAUGAAAACAUUAACUAUGCCCACUUCCCACCUAUCUCAGAAAUAAAUAAUAAAUAAAUAAAUAAAUAAAUAAAGUCAAGGAUGGUUGCAAGGGUUAUGAUAUUCUGUUAAGUUCUCUAUUUCCCAUAUGCUGCCCCCAAACCCAGUCACUAUUGCUGAUGCCAAGUAGAGCUUGCUGACAGGAGCCAGAUAUGGGUGUCUCCUGAGAGGCUCUGCCAGAGCCCUACUGACACAGAUGAGGAUGGUUGCAGCUAACCAUUGAACAACAGAACUCCAGUGGAGGAGUUACAGAAAAGACUGAAGGAGCUGAAGGAGUUUGCAACACCAUAGGAAGAACAACAAUAUCAAUCAAAAAAAAAACCCUACCAGAGCUCUCAGCGACUAAACCACCAACCAAUGAGUACACAUGGAGGGACCCAUGACUCCAGCCACAUAUGUGGCAGAGGAUGGCACUGUCCAGCAUCAGUGGGAGGAAAAGCCCUUGGUCCUGUGAAAGCUUGUUUCCCCAGUGUAGGGUAAUGCCAGGGCCUUGAGGUUGUAGUGGGUGGGCGGGAGUGGGAGCAUCCUCACAGAAGCUGGGGGAGGGGAAGGAAGCAUGGGGGGAAGGGAUAACAUUUGAAAUGUAAAUACAUAAAAUAUUCAGGAAAAAUAAAAUUACUUUAAAAAAGAAAGAUUAGGAUCCUGUUGCUGUAAAAUUAUAUAUAUAAAAAAAUAUGUUGUGUCUUUUAAUCCCGCACCAAGUCCAGCACCUGGGUCCCAAUUCCAUGGCAGCCCAGUGUCUCCAGCCACCACAAGCUCUCUUGAAUUCAGUUAAAUCACCCCAGGAAAUAACACACAAUAAUAAUAACACAAUAACCUCUGAUCCAAUUGAUAAGAUAUAAUUGCCUACCUGGACAUACCCUGUACACAUCCAUCCCUUAAAAAUAUUCAUAACAACCUGUCAGUGUGUAGAGAGGAACCUUAACAUCCGCCUCCAUGCUCUCUCAGUUGACUCCCUCUUUUGCUCCAGUCUCCUCCUCCUCUCUAAAACUGUUCUCCCGCCCAUCCUUCCACCUGCAGAAUGACAUCAUCCUACAGAAUCCUAAAAAAAUAAAUUUCUUUCUCCUUUAGCCAGUUUUUCUUGAGUCAUUCCUCUUUCUUGUUUCCCUUUACCCCAGCUAUUGGCCUUGAUCUUCCAUUGGCCAAUUCCUGUAGAGGACAUGGUGGUACCGUGGGAGCCUAGAAGGGCCACAUAACCUUCAAAACUCUAGAAAUUAUGGAAGAGAGUAUUUAGGGCUUUUACAAAACAAAGACAAUUCAUCUAAACCCCGUUUUUCUAUAAUUGUUCAGACACAUGCACACACACACACACACACACACACACACACACACACACACACACGGAUAUAUACGUUUUCUUGAUCACACUCACCAGUUUCAAGUGCUCAGUCCCCCCACGUGGCUCUUGUUUGCAGAACUGUAGAGCUUUUCAUCAGUAAAGGGACUUCUGUGGGCUUGUUCUGAGCCGCCUCCUACUUAGCUUUCUCUUCAUUCUUAUACACAUCCUGCCUUGGGCCUGAGAAGGGCCCCUGCUGGUUUCAGCUGCUAGUCAGUCAGUCUCCCCCCAGCCCCCUUCUGUUAUCUGCCCUCCUCCUGUGUAAGAGUGUGUGUGUGUGUGUUUAUUGAAAACAGAGGGGUUGGAGAGAUGGCUCAGCAGUUAAGAGCACUGGCUGCUCUUCCAGACGUUCUGAGUUCAAUUCCCAGCAACCACAUGGUGGCUCACAACCGUCUGUAAUGGGAUCUGAUGCCCUCUUCUGGUGUGUCUGAAGACAGCGACAGUGUACCCAUAUAUAAUAAAUAAAUCUUUUUUAAAAAAAGAAAACAUCAGAAUACCUCUUGGUCACAUCAAAUGAAAAUAUUACCUAACAGAUAUGAUUUUCCAGCACUGCUGGGCAGGUUUCUGCUGGAAGCUCUGGCAGAGCUUUAAAGAGGUAAAUUUAGCUACACAGAGACAGGCGGUUGUCAUUUCAUUUGCAAUUCAUUAGCAGGCCAUGCUUCAGAAACUCUCCCCUAGGUCUAGCAGCUUGGACAGAUGGCAACUUGGGGGAUUUAGGGUAGAAUAUGUCUCACAUGUACCUGAUCCCCACCUUCCUCUUCACUGUGCACAGUGUGAUCGCGUGGGGACAGAUUUGUUGUUUAACUCUUCAAAGUUGGAGGUAUUUUGGAGAAAGAAAGGAAUGCAAGACACAGACUUCUAAAUAAAGUGCACCGUGUGUGUGUGUGUGUGUGUGUGUGUGUGUGUGUGUGUGUGUGUGUGUGUCUCCUGCUUUCCAAUACUGGGGCUUUCUUCAAAAGGACAGAAGUUAGGAGCUGAUAUAACAAUUUUCACAAAACAAUAUUUGGUUAGAAGUUGGAGAAAAUAAAAGCAUGGAUAAAUGCAAUUACAGUUAUAGAAUAAACAAUAUAUCUAGGGGAUAUAUUUUAAAAUAUAUGACUGGACAAUCCAGACAUCUUUAACUCCAGACGUUGUAGAAGCUUGUCCAAUCAUAUUGUCUCAUAUUGCUUUCGCUAGCUUCUACUCAUUUCAUGUAUUUUUGUCGGAGAAAAUGUGCCACUGGGAGUUGACUUUGUGAUUUCAGUGCUCAAGCCAGACCCAGUGUCUCUCCCUACCUGCUGCCUGUGCAUCUGGAUGUAGAAUUCUCAACCACUCCCCAUGUCUGCCUGCAGUCCACCAUGCUUCCUACCAUGACAGUGGACUAAACCUCUGAGGAGUUAAGGUCACUGGCAUGCAUUUUAUACGAGAUGUGUUGCAUGGAUCAUGCGUUUUCUGGCUCCAAUUUCUUGUCUGUGGUUUUGAAUAUCGUUGAAGGCAACACGCCUUCACUCCCUGACAGAUACCCACGAGAACUAAACAUCAUCAUGUCACGCAUGUUGAACAAGAGUCCCUCCCUGAGACCGUCGGCUGCAGAGAUUUUAAAAGCCCCUUACGUGGAAGAGCGCCUUCAGCAGCUGAUGUAUAAACAUCCAGAGGCGACACUGGAAGACAAGAGGAACUCAGCCUGUCAGAAGGAGGCUGCCCAUGCAGUUAACGCCAUAAAGAUUACUGAAGGAAGAAGAUAUAAAGAAAAUAACAAAAGGGCCAAAGAACUAAGAUCCCAGAACUUUGGGUCUGUGAGUGCCCAUGUGCUCCAGGAAUUAGAUGAACUGACUCUGGAGAGCCUGUCUCAACCUCAGUCCCUUCCUUGCCUGAACCUCGAUGAACUUGAGCCCAGUUUAGAAGGCACCAUUGUUGACCUCGGACAUUAUGAUCCCUUGGGGCUCUCAAUCAAAUAUGGAGACAUCCCUUUGAAUAAAGCGGCAGAACCUGAUGUCUGUAUGUAUAUAAAAGAGAUCCCAGAAGACCCGCUUGUUGCUGAACAAUAUUAUGCUGAUGUAUUUGAUUCCUGUUCUGAAGACAGUGGGGAGCAGGAGGAAGAAAUGGCAUUUUCAGAAGCAGGGGGAGACAUGAGAGAGGAGGGAUCCCCACCUACAUACAGAACAAACCAACAGGACAGCGAUACAGAUGCGCUGGUUGGGUGUUUGGAACAUGUCCUGGGUUACACCUCUCUAGACACAAAGACCAACACCAGUGCAGUGGCAGAUGUGUCUCCUGGACCAACUGUUUUCAACAGUGCAAUGGCUAGGACCAAGGUGAAGCGCAUGAAGGAAUCAGCUGUACAGAAGCUAGGAACGGAAACAUUUGAGGAAGUCUAUGAUUACCUCAAGAGAGCAAGGCAUCAGAAUGCCAGAGAAGCAGAGAUCUGGGAGCAUCUGGAGACAGUGGUUCCUCUGGCCAGUGACUGCUUUGAAGUUGACCAGCUCCUCUAUUUUGAGGAGUUGCUGCUGACCAUGGAAGGAAAAGAGUCCAGUCUCCAGAGCCCGCACUGUGAAGCCUGCCGAAAGAAGCCUGUCAAGAGUAUACAUUUCUGUGACAAUUCAUGAAGUUUACACUCUAGACUAUAUCGUGGGAAACUAGUGCGUAACUGGAGCCACUACCCUCCCUUUUGCUCCUGGUCAGAUGUAAGGGUAUCUAUGGAGAGGUCUGGCUGGCUGCCUAGGCUUAGAGUCACAGGUCAAGGUCAUGGAUGAAGUCUGGCAUCCUGAAUGGCUUUCCCUCAGAUGUACAAUCCUCGGGGUUUCCAAUAGGGUGGGAGCAUUCUGAAGACACAAGAAUUCUGUACUCUGUCCAUCCAGGGCAAGCCCGGUGCCUGACCACUUGUGAGCUCCAGGAAGAAUGGCCAGCUUGUGAUGGCCACGGGGCACCAGCCUGGCCAGUGGCCUGUUCAUCUCCAAUGAUGUAGUUUUGAUCAGCACUUUCUUCUAUGACUAACAUGCACACAGUGCAUAUAUUUAAGCCUGGAUUGAAAAUCCACAAAGCGUCUCCCUUCUGUGAUUUAUUUCCAGCCUUCACUUAUAAAGCAUUAAAGGCUUGAUUCAGAAUAAAUACAAAUUUCAUCUUUAUAAGACAAAUCUCCUAUUCUAUCUUUUUCUUAGCUAACAGUGUUUCUCAGCUUGUGGGUCAUGACCCCCUUGGGGUUGCGUAUCAGAUGUUUACAUUAUAGUUCAUAACAGUAGCAAAAUUACAGUUAUGAGGUAGCAAUAAAAUAACUUUAUGCUUAAAGGUCACCACAACAUGAGUCACAGCGUUAGGAAGGCUGAAUGUCACCGUUCGAUAAUCACAUAUUGUUAAAUGUAACAUCCGUGUAAAGGUAAUUUUUGUUUUGUUUUGUUUGCUGUUUGUUACUACUAAAACAAAACUAUUACACACAAAUGUAAUAUCAGUUGGUGUUUUAAAGAUUUAAUUUAUA